AUGGAUACGACAACAACAGCUGAAAUGACAGAUGAUCAUUUGAAUGGAGUCAACAUUAAAUCAAACGGUAUUGUAAUGGACUAUUAUGAUAAGAUGAUUAUGGCACCAAUGGUACGUGUUGGAACACUACCAAUGAGAUUACUGGCACGUCAAUACGGUUGUGAUAUAGCAUACAGUGAAGAGUUGGUUGAUCUAAAGCUAGCUCAUACCAAACGUAUAGUCAAUGAUAAACUUGGAACCGUGGACUUUGUAUCAAAGGACAACACAAUCACAUACAGGACAUGUGCUGCAGACACUCACAACGUGCUACAGCUUGGUACUGCCUCAGCCGUCACUGCCUUGGCCGCUGCUCAAGUAGUAGUGAAUGAUGUCUGUGCUAUCGAUAUCAACAUGGGUUGCCCCAAGUUCUUCUCAAUCCAAGGUGGCAUGGGUGCAGCAUUGCUCUCAAAGCCAGACACAAUCAAAGAUAUCCUCACAACACUCAUUCGUAAUCUACCAUUGCCAGUCACAUGCAAGAUCAGACUGUUGGCCGAUGACAAUGCUACAAUCGAUUUGAUGAAGAUGAUUGAAUCGACUGGUGUCAAGGCGAUCGCAGUACACAUGAGAACAAUCCCUGAGCGACCACGCGAUCCAUCACAUCCAGAUCGUCUGCGCAACAUCAUGGACAAUGCAAACUUCACAGUGCCCAUCAUUGCCAAUGGCGACAUGUACUCUUAUGACGAUUGCAAGGCCAUCAAGGAGAAGACACGUGCCAACUCUGUCAUGGUGGCCAGAGGCGCCAUCAAGAAUAUCUCAAUGUUCAGACCUGGGCCUGAGGCACCAAUGGAAGACGUCGUCAAGGAUUACCUCAGAUACGCACUAAAGACAGACAAUGUAUUCGUCAACACCAAGUACGUCGUCACGCAGAUCGUACAGGGCAAUGAGGUACAAAAGACAAUCGAAGGCAAAGGAACAAUUGGUGCAAAGAACUAUGAUACACUCUGUAAACUAUGGGGACUGAAAGAAGAGUACAAGCACUUCUUGUCAGUUAGCAAUCAGACUACAGUUGGCGACAAACCAAAUAAGACACCAGCAGCGACAACAACAACAAAGAAUACAUCCGCGACUAAUAAUACAACAACUACCACUACCACAGCGACUACUACCACGACGACAACUCCAACCAAACGACCACUGGAAGAGGACAACAAUAUUGGUGGAGAUAUAACAGAGAACGAUAACAACAACAACAACAACAAUACUACAAGCGCAAUGGAUGAAGAAGAACCUUGUUUGAAGAAAUAUAGAACAGAGGAAGAUGGA